AUGGGAGUUCAAGGCCAGCCGUCGAGCCAGACCAACAAUCUGAUGCAGGCUCACUCCGGACAGCAGCUGCACGUCUCCGGGGUCUUCAUUGUUAUCCUGGAGCUGGCACUGGUCGUGGAGAACUUGCUUCCCAUCCUGGUGGUCGUAGUGUGGUUACCUGCCCCUGCCAGAGGCGUCAGUGACCGGCUUGUGGCAGCAUUCAGUAUCACCUGCAUACUCUCCGCAUUUAUACCCACCCCGCUGGGACUAGCCUCAUAUUUUUCUGGCGGCUGGUACGGCGGAGCAUCAACAUGCACUACAUACCAGGUGACAUCGAUUUGGUGCAACCUCUCAUCGCUAGCGUUGUUGACCUACAUCUGUGUCAACUGCCACAUUGCCGUGUUGCAUCUGCUCAAAAUCAAAUCGGCAACAGAAUGCCAACAGUGUCGACAGAGUGUCAGAAAUAACACCGCUUCUAUUUAUACUACAUGCCCUGCAGCCUCUGCAGGGUUAGGGGCAUCACUUGAUUCUAGUCAACACCAGACUGUGUUGAAUGCAGAAGUACUCUAUGACACUGCUUCAUUGUUCAAAAAUACAAAAGACUGUCAAAAUAUCGACAAGGAACAACAGUUCACGAGCGUGCCUGAUAACAAAAUCAAUGCCUGGACAGAAACAGGUGACGAUAAAAUGGAUCAUAACAGCAGAACAUAUGUAACAACACAACAGGCUACAAAGAUAUGUACUAAAGCAACGACAGUUAAAGGAUCCCAAAAUGAAACUGAAAACAGUUCACAGCAUUAUUCAAAUGCUUCCCCGAGCAGAAAACGCACAGCUUUUUUUAACGAAGACAAAAUCUCUAACUUGACAGAUGAUGAUGACGCCCUCACCAUCAGACAGUGUCCAGACUCCGCUGUCACAAACCACAAUGUAAACUCUGAGCCUGAUUGCCAGCUUGCACGCGAUGUCCCGCCAAGUGGGCCAAGUUUGGCUGCUAAAUGUUUAACUCCAACAAGCAACGGAAGUCUGGAGGCCACUAAUGGAACAAAAAAUGUGAAAUAUUCCCAAUUAACCCCCGAAACAACACUUCACAGCUUGGAAGACGAUUCUAAAAACAGUCAGUAUUGUAACACAGUGACAGAAACAACAGAACAGAAUAGUAAAUCAAUGAAAGAUCAUUCCUGCUUGCCGAAUCAUCAGAGCAGAGAUUACGUUUCGAUGAUGAUAUUUCUUGUUUUUGCUUGCACCUUCACAAUAUCUUCACUUCCAUUAAUUGGAUUCGGACCUGGCAACACCCACACAGCGACUUCCUGUCGAUCCUGGCUUGUCCCUAUACCUCUGUCAACAAAGGAGAGAACUUUCUUUAUAGUCUAUUUGUGUUUUGUCUACACCUGUUUGGUUUUCGGCUGUGGUUCGGGAAUCAGCGUUUGUCUCAAGGUCGGUAAACGGAUAAAGCAAGAGCGGAAGCGGAAGUCCAGGCUGUACCACGAGGAAGAGAAUGUUCCAGAUCUGGCUGAACUAUCCAGGCUGGACAGCAUGAAGAGACACUACAGCCUCACUUGUGUGGUGGUUGCAGGACUGCUCACUUGGGUCCCAAUCGUGUUGAUGCUGACUCUCCAGAAAGCCGGAGUGCAAGUGAGUGAAGCCACCCUCAUGUAUUCCAACAUCGCCACCUCGCUCCCUGGCCUCCUGAACCCGCUGCUGUACAGCCUGGCUCUGGCCAGGUACAGAAUAGGCUACAAGGCUGUCAUGGAGAAGUGUUGCAAGAGAAGAACUCGGAGAUCUUCGACAGUCCACAUUAGCGCAGACAACGUGGAGACAGGUCUCAGUUCAAAAAGCCAGCUGAACACAGCAGCAGAUGGUCAGGUAUGCUUGCAUGGCCGCAUCAACCCUAGCUACGACAGCCACAUGGAUGUCAGCGUUGACAACAGCGAAGACGAGAACGACGAGGAUUACUUCCCCGACGAUGACGAGCUCUUAGAAGACAGCAAAAAUGAGAAAAAUGUGAAAGCCAGCGAGAAGACUCCAUUACAAGCGUUGCCAACUUCAGUGAGCUCGGCAUCGGGCUAUAGUUUAGUCAAUCACUCCAAGGCAUACCGACAAUGUGAACCAGAUGCCUUCUCCUCGUCUUACAGUGACAGCCAGAGUCUACUCGUUUCAAAGUCAUCUUCUGCAGACGAAGAAACAGGGUUGUGA